AUGGCGGAUUACGACAAGCGGUGUGCGUCGAUCAAGGCGUGGCACGACUUGCGGGCGACCGUCUACGCCAGGGUCUACCGCCGCACGGAUGACCACGGGAAGCAGGCUCUUCAAGAAGAGUUGGACCGCAUCAUGGGAUUGGUGAUGUCGAGACAGAUUUCAAUUGGUUACCUUCCCCCCCUCUUUGGCGGGCCCACCGACGCUCACCACCCGACCAUCAGCAACAAGUACCGCGCUGUCCUCUUCGCGUCCGACGGUACGGUCGUCGGUCUUCUCGACGAGUUGCGCGCAAUUGCGCGACAACGGCCCGAGAUUCGACGCAUCUUGCACGAUCUCCCGGCGCUUUGCUCCGUCUGGGAGAACCAGCAGGCGGGAUGUUGCCCCUUCUGGGAACAGAUGACACAGGACGAGCAGUGGGAGGCCGUGAGCGCACUCAAGAACCUGGUCCAGGCGCUUGGACCCGACGCGGACGUCUUCGACAACAUUCACACAAGCACCAUUCGCGCUGCAUUGGAACACUGCGGGGUGAACGGGAUCGCUUUCAGACGCCGCAGGGAACGUCCGCCACCUCUCGCUGAGCGGAUCGCGCUCAACCGUAUGCUGCAAGGCCGGGCGGCGGCCCUGGCGCCAAAUAUCGCCCACCUUGAGCCGACUCAUCCACGUGUCGCGACACAUGAGGAAGUGACACGACAGCUCCGCGAUGAGGAGGAGGCUUUAGAAGGGCAGCAGCACCUGCACAACAUCCGUCGCCGAAUGGACGCCCUCGACUAUCGCUCCCUUUCGCACCGUCUUCUCGACCAGACGCUCUCGUCUCGCAAAGCUCGGAUCUACGGGAUGGUCUGA